AUGUCGAUUUAAAUUAACGUGAACUUUACGUUAAAGAUUCAAAACUGCAUCGUGAAAGCUCAAUCGACUACAUUUACCAGAAUGCAACGCGCCACUGUGACGUGUUGUUGUGUGGGGAAGUGAGAACCGGAGAGUCAUGGCGGGUCGUGCCGAGUGGACGCGUCCUUCACCGAAGUAUCUCAUAAACAUGCGAGUGUAAUAAAAGUACCUUUAGGGGCUCCGCGAGAUUCUACGUCUAAGUGGUUUUGUGUACUUUUAUUAUUGCGGGAAAAACACUUUGUUAAUGUUGCUGCUCGGACCUGCAGCUUCGAGAGAAAGAAGUCUGACGCCAAACUGCAUUCAGAAAUAUGUCGAUUUAGUGAAGAAACUACGUGCUGCUCGUCAUUUACCUACUAAAGUAUCGUCAUUUAACUACUAAAGUAUCGGAUUUAACUACUAAAGUAUCGGAUUUAACUACUAAAGUAUCGUCAUUUAACUACUAAAGUAUCAUCAUUUACCUACUAAAGUAUCGGAUUUAACUACUAAAGUAUCGGAUUUAACUACUAAAGUAUCGUCAUUUAACUACUAAAGUAUCGUCAUUUAACUACUAAAGUAUCGGAUUUAACUACUAAAGUAUCGGAUUUAACUACUAAAGUAUCGGAUUUAACCACUAAAGUAUCGUCAUUUAACUACUAAAGUAUCGUCAUUUAACUACUAAAGUAUCGGAUUUAAGAACACACGAGAGGUACUUUGACCCAAAAUACAUCAAAUAACAAACGUAAAGGACAGUUGAAAAAUAUACUUCAUUCCAAGGCCGUACAAAUAUUAGUUGUUUAAAAUGUAAUAAAAUUAAUAAUGUUAAUAUAAUGAGCUAUGUUGAGAAAAAAUAGUAAAAUAAGAGUAUUAAAUCUGUGUGGCAGGAGUACUUUCAUUGUAACACUGUAAUAUAUAUGUGUGGUAUAAGUACUGCAACAAUUACAAUAAAUAUGAAUUGAACCAAACAGAACUGUUAUAAUUGUUGUUCUCUAAACCACAAACAUAUAUUUGCAACGUGUAGUAAUCUAGUAAUACUAGGACACACUUUAUUUGAUAAGAGUAUAUAUUAUCAUUCGUAGCAUAUUACUUACUAGUAGUAUUUGUCUUACCAGGCUUUGAAUUGAGGUUGUGAACGUUUAAAGGUGUUAAAUACUACCACGAUAUCCUAUUAUAGGAGUAGUACUUGAGGUAUUACAGCAGGGGUAGCAGUACAUGUAGUUACAGUAUUAGACACUUUAGAUUCGUGCAAAUGAUCCAAAAGGGCUUUAAAGACAAAGUGAAAUAUUAAAAAUACAAAUACAAACAGCUAUAUAAAUAAUAAAACAGAACCUCUUAUUUCUAGAGUUCCCGUCCCUGAUUCCCUCAGUAUUCUACUAGAGCAGGUAGAAACACUGGUAAUACUUAGUACUUAAUACUGUAGUAGUACAGCGGUAGUAGCAGUACAAACAGUAACCGUAGUGACACCAGUGGAGACCUGCUGAGACUCACCACAGGGGGGCGCUGCGACUCUGUGACGUCAUCAAACAGCAGGAUUCCACGUGAUGAAGUUUAGAUUUCAUUUAGUCACACGGCGACAUGUUGGAAGAGUUCAUUUACAUUGAAAAAGGUAUUUUACAUUAUUAAUAACUCUCUUAACUCAAUAAAUACACAGUGUCUUCAUUUCAGAUUCAAAGAUAAUAAUAACAUGUAUCUUGUUUUAAACAACAUGGAUUCAGGAAACACAAACAGAAGGUUGCAAAGUGAGGAUCUCACACAGUAAAUGAAAUAAAGCGUUUCGUAGUUUCCACAGAAACACGGAUGUGUGUGUUCCUGCCGACUCGAUGAUGAAAUGAUGAUAAAGGACCUGAACAGAGUCCCAGAUCGUCUCUGAGCUGCUCUGGUUCUUCUGUGUGAGGAGCAGCUUUAGCACCUGACCGGAUGCUGGUGGAGGUGUGAGGACCCGCCUCCCUCCUCUCAGCUCGUCCUCCAGCUGCUUCAGAGCUCCACUUCUGCUCGUGUUCACCAGAGGAAACACGAUGCACGCGAUGCUUUCCCUCCCUGCUGCUGCUCUGUGCGCCCUGAGUUCAGCGCUGGUUGCCAUGGCAGCACAGCUGAUUCAGGAGGAUUUGACGUUGACCAGGACAGUUAGUGGGAAAGUCUCCUUCAGCUGUGGAGGAACCGACCAGUGCUAUGAUGAUUAUGUAUACUGGUACCAGAAGAGAGACACAGGAACAUUCACACUGAUUCUUGAUAUUGAUAGGAGCAAUGGUGACAUAGAUAAGAGGUACAAUCAUCCUCAGAAAGAUGAUUUCACAGCUGUGAAGAAAGAGUAUGGCUUUGAUUUGGAGAUCCAGAAGGUUGAUCUCACUCAUUCAGCCUCCUACUACUGCGCCUGUUGGAUCCACAGUGAGCAAAGCUUCCUGCAGCCUGAACAAAAACCAUCAGAAGAACAGGAAGCGUUUGACAAAGAUCUAAAACCACAUCUCAGCUACAAACUCACCAAAGUGCGCUGGGUUCGUCCUCUGAGGACCAUGAACGUGUCCUCGGAGACGUUGUGUUUUACUGAGUUUAAGAAGAAAGAAAAGAAGAAACCGUUAAAUGUGACUCCGGCUCAUCGACUCGUCCUCAGCAGGUUUUUGUCUCGCUCUCUUUCACUGUGGGAUUAUGAUCUUUACAGUGAUUAUUAUGAUGAUGAUGGUGUUUACCAUUAUUAUGGUUACUUAAUCUUUGGCUCUGGGACCAAACUGUACGUAACAGGUGAGCCGGUGGUGAAGCCCGUGGUGAGCGUGUACCCAGCAGCAUCCAGCGCCCACCUGCAGGGGAGGAGCUCCCUGCUGUGUGUGGCCUCCUCCAUGUUUCCUCCUCUGGUCCGGUUCUCCUGGAGGAGACGUGAGGAGCACAGUUCUCUGCAGGAGAAGGUCCCUGAUGAUGCAGAGCAGCUGGAGUUCACAGAGUCCGGACGCACCGCCUCCAUCUUGCUGCUCCAUCAGCAGGAGACCAGCCGCUAUCGAUACCGCUGCUACGUCCACCACGAGGGGGGAAAGGUGGAGGCCCCGAGCGAACAAGCUCCUCCGUCAGCUCCGGGCCCGUCUCCGUACCAGGUGAAGCUGCUGUGCCGGCUGUACGUCGUGCUGAUAGUGAAGAGCCUGGUGUUCUGCUGUGGAGUCUCUCUGGUGAUGGUCCUCAGGAACACGGCUCGCAUGUAGGACUUCUCUCCUCAUCUCCUCCCAUCAGUUUGUCCCUCUGAUCAGCAAACAUCUGCUGAUCUUCACAUGUUGAACACCAUCAUCCUAAAGGCAUGAACACAUACAUGUGUGUAUUCUACCAAUAGUUGCAGUAGAUCCGUGUAAAUCAUUUCUCGUGUUAGUUGGAGUAUUUCUACUUAAAUAUCUGAUAUAAAACAACAUGAUGCUGAAUCAUCAGCUGUCUGUUAAAUAUUCUUCUUUUCCUUCAAAUGAAUGUUGAUUAUCUGUUUGUUGAGUUGCUUUUAUACGGAAUAUUGAUGAAGUCUGUUGAUGUUCUUUGUGUUUGUUUCUUCAUGUGUUGAACACGUUAUGAAAUAAAUAAAAACACACAGACACAA